AUGACAUCCACAAAGCCGACGUGUUCGCUCUGCGAUUUAUCCUUUGACAAUAGCCAAGAGCACAGAGUACAUGCGAAAAGCGAAUCCCAUGUCGCUGCUUUGAGACAGCGUGCGGUUGCUUCGGGAUUGAUCGAUGAAACAAUUGACGACGACCAUACCUACUCCAGUCAUACACAGGCCAUGGGCGCUUCACAUGGACAACGAUCGGGAAGUGAUACAGACACCGCAGAUGAAGUCUCUGACGAUGUGGUGCCCGACUUUGAGCCUGCCAAAUGCAUUAUUUGCACCCAAAGCAAUGAAAGCUUUGACGACAACGUCCAGCACAUGAAGACAGCACACAGUCUUAGGAUACCAUACGAAAACCACCUAAGUGUCGACCUGGAAACAUUGGUCUGGUACCUUCACUUUGUCAUCAAUACCUACCGCGAGUGCAUUUAUUGCGGAACAAGAAGCCGUACGGUUCAAGGCAUUCAGCAACAUAUGGUGGAUAAAGGCCACUGCAGAAUUGAACUGUCAGAGGAGAUGUUGGAGUUCUACGAUCUUGAGGGAUUGAAGAAGUACAAAACCGACAAUGGCGUUGCAAUAGAUAGCGAGACUCUUCGACUGUCAUCCGGAAAACUACUGUCACAUCGUACAGCCCCAGCACCCAAGCAGCCACAUCGACAAACAGCUCAGGAUGAUACAGAGAACCAAGAUUAUCCAGCUUCAUUGCCAGGAACCGUGUCUCCUGACGCACUCACAAAGAAGGACGCAGCCUUGGCGUCCCAACUUGCCAGGCUAAGUGUCAGAGACCAGCAAAGCCUCGUACACAUGUCAUCUUCAGAGCAACGUAGCUUCCUUUUACAAAGAAAGAAGGAGUUGGAAACGGCACAGCGGUCAGAACGAAAGAUGCGACUCAAGACUGAGAGGGUGAACAACAAGACCUUUAUGAAGCACUUCCAGAACGAUGUGCCGGGUCCGAAGAAUGGUUGA